CUCGUCUCACUCGCUUCUCCCUCCAAUCGACGACCCCGUCAUCGCCCGCCUCCCAAACUCCGAGACUUCCUCCUCGCCCGUCGCAUUUCAGCAAUCUAUCCAAGGACGCGUCUUGUUUUUCUUUUCCGAUCUCACACCUACUACUACCUCCAUUUCUGCCUCAAUUGUUCCUACUGGCGUUGCCUCGUUUCCAUCCUCGCCUCAGCCCCUUUUAAACGACUCUUGUCGGCGAAUCUUAUCGAAGCUAUUGCUUCCAUCAGAUAAACCGAGCGAUCAUCUACGAACGCUCCUCGCGCAUCUUCCAAGAUGUCUGUCAAGUUCGAACAAGAGCAGAUCUCCACGACGGGAGGUCUGCGCGGUGGAAAGCAUGAGGGACUCGGACACAGAAUUGGCGAGCGCUUGACGGGAGGACAUCAGACGACGGGUUAUCUUGCUGCAUACCUUAAACAGCUCCAGUCGAACCCUCUGCGGACGAAGAUGUUGACAUCAGGCACAUUAUCCGCCCUGCAAGAGCUACUUGCAUCGUGGCUUGCCCAUGACCGCAGCAGACAUGGCCACUACUUCAGCUCCAGAAUCCCCAAGAUGGCUGCCUAUGGCGCCUUCAUCAGUGCCCCUAUGGGUCAUUUCCUGAUCGGAUUUCUACAAUGGGUCUUCUCUGGCCGAACCAGCUUGAAAGCGAAGAUUCUUCAGAUCCUUGCCAGCAACUUGGUGGUCGCUCCUAUCCAGAACACCGUUUAUCUAGCCUCCAUGGCCGUCAUCGCUGGUGCUCGCACCUGGCACCAAGUCCGUGCCACGGUCCGUGCUGGCUUCAUGCCUGUCAUGAAAGUUAGCUGGAUCACCUCCCCGCUGGCUCUGGCAUUCGCCCAGAAGUUCCUUCCAGAACAUACUUGGGUUCCAUUCUUCAACAUCGUUGCAUUUUGCAUCGGUACAUAUAUCAACACUCACACCAAGAAGAAGAGGAUCGAAGCGUUGAGAAAGAAGCACUACGGUGACGGACGGAGCUCUGCUGGAGAACGAUACUAGAGAGAUGUAUAUCUCUUUUGUUGAGUCGAAGCGUGUGCGGAGGCAGAAGGGAGGUGGAACGGAACAGUUUGAGAAUGAGGGUCGGAUGAUUGAUCGAGCUGGAAGGCAGAAUGUGGUUCAGGCAGGUUCUCCAUAAUGGCUUGCUGUUGACUUGUCUUCUCUCUUCGAUACUUGCUGGAUGGCACUUUCAUUUAUCAGUGUGUGGCUAGUUGGAAAUGUUUGGAAAGUCGGCUACUGAUGCGGAAAUGUUUGGUUGUCUGCGUACGCAUUUUAUUUCGUAUUGAAAUAGCCCUGAAUUGACUAUAACAAUCGCCGCCAUUUCCAACCAC